AUGAAGUCCUCUGCAAAAGAAUGGGUUGAAUGUUGCCCCAUCUGCCAAUCCAACCGUUGCGCCCACAAACCAGUGAUAGCUUUAAAACCCUUAGAAGUCCCCCCUUUCCCAUUCCAUACAAUUUCCUACAACUUCAUCACAGGUUUUCCCAGAUCAGAUGGACAUGACGCAAUAUUGGUAGUCAUAGACUUGUUUUCAAAAUUUGGGCACUUCAUCCCAACUACCAAAAAGGUGUUGGCCAAGGGCCUAGCAAAUCUCUUUGUUACCCAUGUUUGGAAACUCCACAGCCUCCCGGUAAAAACUAUAUCAGAUCAAGGGACCACGUUUACCGGAAAGUUCCUCAGGGCCUUGUACCAGCAAUUGGGGAUCCAACCAUCCUUCUCUUUGGCCUACCACCCCAAGUCAGACAGACAAACCAAACAGGUUAACCAAUUCAUUGAGUUUUACCUCCAAUCUUAUGUAGCAGCGGAUCACUCAGAUUGGGUAAAAUGGUUACCCCUUGCAGAGUAUGCAUACAACAACGCCAAGCACGCUGCCACGGGUAAAACCCCAUUCAAACUAGUCUAUGGAAGGAACCCUGUGAUGAGUCCGUUGACUGUGCCAGCCAACGUACCAGAAGCAGACCUUGUAGCUGAUACCCUUGCACGGGAGUGGAAAGAAGCAGAGUUGGCGCUCAGAAUGACCAAAGAACGCAUGGCAGGGACAAAAGGGGUAAUACCGGAAUACUCUGUAGGCAAGAAGGUCUGGCUGGACGGAAAGAAUGUGGAACUAAGAACAAAUUCCAACAAACUAGACCCCAAACAACUGGGACCGUUCAAAGUCACAGAAAAGAUUUCCAGUCAUGCCUAUUGUCUAAAAUUACCGGAAACUCUGAAAAUCCAUGACGUGUUCUAUGUAGGACUGUUAUCCAAGGCUCAUGAAUCCCCAAGUCAACCAUUUCCAAACCAACCCCCUCCUGAAACAAUAGAAGGAGAAGAAGAGUAUGAGGUUGAACAAAUCAUCAACUCCAAGAGACAACAGGGAAAAUGGUUCUACUUGAUCAAAUGGAAAGGUUACAGACCCAAAGAUAAUUCAUGGGAACCUAAGGAACUGCUGGAACAUAGUCAGGAGGAGAUCCAAUGCUUCAACAAGUUGCAACUGAAAAAGGCUUGUGACUCCGCCAAGAGCCUUUAA